AUGAACUUCACUGCGCGCGACCGCCAUGGAGUAAUGGGUAAGAAGUUCGAUUCAGAAACCGUCAAGGUAAGUAAAGAGGCAAGUUCAAUUCUCAACAGUGGUACAUUGGGAACAUACGAGGAAUGUACGACGCAUCAACAGUAUCCGCAAGAACAGCGAGCCACAAUGUGCGAUGAAUGCGCGACGACCUACGAGCGCACCAACAUUACAUUUUGUUUUUCUCCGAGGAAUGUAUUAUGCGAAUUGCCGAGAGGGUGCCAAUAUGAGCAAAUAGCAUAG